AUGCCGAGUAGUCUCUGGAGGGUAUCAAGAAGAAGUUUGAGGGGCCUAGGCUGUGCGUCACUGGAGGGCUAUAUAGAAGGCAAGAAGCUGUUGAUGGGUGAGAACGAGUUUGAACGUAUGGCUGGCUUUACAACAGAGCAUGUGGGAUGGACGAAGGCUCUCCUGGAGCGGACUGUGACAUUCGCUCUAUGUGUCCGUGUCAUUAAGGAUGCCCUCUUCAGAGACAAGCUCAAUAAGGAUCUUGGAGGUCAUGUUCUUUGUGUUGAGGUGGGAGCAGCUGGACUAAUGAACGAUUUUCCAUGCAUCGUCAUCGGGGGCAUUUGUGACUACGCGGAUUCUCACAAGAAUAAGAAUUGGCAAGGGCAUGCUACUGCUGUGGCUGCAGCGACCGCUAAAGAACUACUUUCUCUAGUCCCAGACCCAAGCGUUCUUACUUUUAUUGAAGGACCAACGGAAUCAUUCAAAAUCAGCUUCAGCUUGGGUGAAAUACCGGAGGCCGAGUGCUUCGUCGGCAGAGAUGAGGAGCUAGCAGAGGUGGUCAGGCAACUUCGAGACUGUGAAAUGCAUCCCAAGUCUGAUAUUGCACGGCCUAUGCGUUUCGAUCCGAUAAACUCAAUUGGCAAGCUCUUCAAAGAUAUCAGCAAGCUCAGUGAGGCAGAGGAGUUGUUGAAAAUAGUUUUAGAUGCCUACGAAACAAGCCCAAUGUUCGGUCCUAUCCACAUAUCCACCCUUGCUUCGCUACACAACUUGGUCAACCUGUACAGAGUACAGGGAAAGGUAGAGAAAUCUAAGGACACGUACACUCGCGCUCUACAGGGGUAUCGGAAGUUAUCCCUGCAGGAUACUCACCCACUGCUUACAAUAGCUCACAAUCUGGGCAUUGUGUGCCGGAAAUUGAAGAAAUUCGAGCAGUCAGAGAGUAUGUACUUGCUAGCACUGCAAGCGAAAAGGACUAGGUUUGGCAAGGAUCAUAUUUCAACGCUCAACACAAAGGAUGAUUUGGGGCUUCUGCGCCUUGAGCAAAAGAGGAUUAACGAGGCGGAAGAGUUGUUCCAGCGGGCCCUAAAAGGAUAUGCGGAUAAAUACGGGUGGCCCAACAGACCUAGCCCCAGCGUCUUGGUGACCAACAUCCUGGGUCUUAACGAUCACCCAUCGAGUCACUGUGAUUUAGCGGUCCUCACCCAUAAAGCAGCAACCUACAAGAGGCUCAUCCUCCGCAACAAUACCAUUCCUCAAGAGAAUCGCUGA